GGGCUGGGCGGGGCGCGCGGCGGCGGGGCUGAGGGGGCACGCGGCGCGCCGCCGGCGCCAUGUCGUUCCGCCGAGCCUUGGCGCUGGCAGCCUGCGGGCUGGCCGGGGGCUCCGUCCUCUUCUCCGCCGUUGCCGUGAGCAAGCAGCCGGCCCGCGGCGGCGAAGCCGAGCCGCGGACGGGGGGCUCCGCCGUCGCCGUUCCCCCCGCCUCCGCCGCGCCGCCGGGUUUGCUGCUGCUGCCGCCCGCCGCCGCCGCCGCCUCCUCCUGCCCGCCGGCUCCCGGCUGGAUCGAGAGACCCGCCGGCACCGGCGGCUACUGGGACAGCAACUGGGACAGACGUGAACCACUGGCUCUUAUCAACCUCAAAAAAAAAAACGAAGAAACUGGGGAAGAAGAACUUGCCUCGCGCUUAGAUCACUGCAAAGCAAAAGCCACCAGGCACAUAUUCCUUAUCCGUCAUUCUCAAUAUAAUUUGGAUGGCCGGGCUGAUAAAGACAGAACUCUGACCCCACUUGGUCGAGAGCAGGCUGAACUGACAGGACACAGGCUGGCGAGCUUGGGAUUAAAAUUUGAUCAGAUUAUCCACUCCUCCAUGACUAGAGCAACUGAAACAACUGAAAUUAUAAGCAAACAUCUCCCAGGAGUCAAAAAAAUUAGCACUGACCUGCUGAGAGAGGGAGCACCUAUAGAACCAGACCCUCCGGUCUCUCACUGGAAACCAGAAGCUGUGCAGUAUUACGAAGAUGGAGCUCGAAUUGAAGCUGCUUUUCGAAACUUCAUUCAUAGAGCUGAUGCAAAGCAGGAAGAAGACAGCUACGAGAUCUUUGUCUGCCAUGCCAACGUGAUCCGCUAUAUCGUGUGCAGAGCAUUGCAGUUCCCCCCAGAAGGCUGGCUGCGAAUGUCUCUCAACAAUGGCAGCAUAACUCACUUGGUGAUACGUCCGAAUGGAAGGGUGGCACUUCGAACACUGGGUGACACAGGUUUCAUGCCUCCGGAAAAAAUCACACGCACCUGAAUGAGAAAAACUGACGUCUGUCCAGGAGCUGCCUCUAGUCUCUUUGCACUAGUACAUUCAGCAACAGUACCACUACAUUUUUAUCGGUUAUGUUGGGGUGUGAUGCUGUCUUAAAAAUGUCCUUUAGCCCUUUGCCUCCUUCAUACAUAUUCAUAUCUGCCUUUCAGUCCAGAAAAGAAGAAAUCUUUGUGAGCCUGACACUGUCCAGUUCUCAAGUAUUCCCCAAAACCCAAGGCUGAGCUGUGGAAUACAAAGAGACUGAAUGUCUGUGUGCUCAGCAGUUGCAAGAGCACUGAAGUUCCCCCCCCCCCGAAUUUCUAUAACCAAAGCUUGCUCCUGUGGGUAUUUUUCGUGUGCAGGAAAGCAAUUGGUGUGGGAACUGGAAGGAACAGUCCUUGUAUCACACUGCAACUAAAAUCUGAAGAUGAGCCAGCUUGUUCCAACUCUUGUAGAAGACGCGACAAACAGGGUAUUCUGCUGUUAAAAGGACAAAGGGAUAAGGCUUCAGUUUCUGUAAGCUGUUGAGGAUGUAUAUGUUGUGUCAUUGUUCCCCUCUCCCCCCAAAAAAGCUCAUGUAAACUGUGCCUGGAGGUUGUAAGCAUAAAGCAAAAAGAGGGUUAAAAAAACCCAUUUGCCUCAGAGCUGUGGUGCUAGAAUUAACUACUACUUUUAUUAAGUGUUCCUCCAUCCUCAGGAAGUACCUUAAGCUAUUCUGAACGAUGCUUUUUUGUCUUGUAAAGCCUUUAACUAAAAGUUGGUCUGUAGAAGGAUGUAGGGAUGAGUUUGUAGCAGUAAGAUGGAAGGAAAGCAGCAAUCUUCCACAAGUACUUCCAGUUACCAACUGCGACAUUUUUGAGUGCUUUCUCCCAUUGAUAUGUACUGGCGAUACCUUGCUUUCAGAGCAGAGAAUACUGAGUUCCAGGUAGCGAUACUUCAGGUCAGAGGUUCUGCAGUGUUGGAGCAAACUGCUGCUUAAAACUACUGUUGCCUGAAUGGUGGAAAAGUGUCUGUGGGAUGGCUUUUCUCAGCCCCAGGCAUAGUACAGCCCUCAGGCACAGUGUGUGGAGUGUGUGGUUGAUGCAGGGCUGCUACGUCAGGAUGAUUUCAAGGAAAAUGGGGCUAGUAGGGAACAAAACAUGACUGUUGUGUAGUGCAAGUUGUGGGGGCAAGAGGAAACCAUGGUGAUGUCUCUCAUUCAUGCAAUGAGAAUAAUUUAUCAGUUUUUGUCUAUUAACUUUUUAAAAGUUUUGAAUAAAAUGACUGGUCGGUCUUUC